AUGAGUACUAAUCCACAAUCUCUACGUGUUCUGAUCGUUGGGGCUGGAUCUGCCGGCCUUCUCGUCGCCCAGGUUUUGAAGCAGGCUGGGAUUCCAUGCACUGUUUUUGAGCAGGACACAAACAUUCGCCAGCGGCCUCGAGAUUGGAGUUUUGGACUGUAUUGGGCUCGGUCUCGUCUCCAUGAAUGCCUCUCCGAAGAUAUUUGGCCUCUCCUAAAGACAGUGCAGACAUCCCCGAAUUAUGAACCGGUAGCUGACAGCGUUAUGCCAGUUCACAAUGGGGAGACAGGGGAGCUGUUGAAGAAUCUACCUGCACCAUGGAGUGUCCGCCUCAGGAGAAAAAAGUUCAUAGAGUUGCUCUCAAAUGGUAUUGAUGUCAAGUGGAACAAACGACUCAAAUAUAUUGAGACAGCCGAAGACACUGUCACAGCAUUUUUUGAAGAUGGCACUAAAGAAACAGGCAAUCUACUUGUUGGAGCUGAGGGAGCACAUUCUCCCACCCGGGAAUUUCUCCUUGGCAAGGAAGAAGCCAGCCUCCUGCCAUCACCUGCUGUCGCCAACGUCAUUAUAACGAAAGUGAGCCGAGACGCCUCGAUGGCUUUGCGAGCACUUCACCCAAAAAACUCCAUCGCAGUUCAUCCUAAUGGAACCUUCGUUUGGCAGAGUAACCCAGCUAACUGGACCUGGAUGUUAAUGCAAACCUGGCUAUCUGACGAGCCCACUGGCCUGAAAGGCGACAAUAUCUUACCAGCGAUAUGUGAGCGUGGUAAAUGCUUUAGCUAUCCGUUCAACGAAGCGUUUGCGACCAUCCCAGAGGGGACACUGGUAUGGCAUAGUAGACUGUCCUAUUGGCCAACCAAGCCAUGGGAUAACAGAGGUGGACUUGUGACGUUAGCGGGCGAUGCUGCACAUCCGAUGACUUUCCAUCGUGGCCAGGGCCUCAACAAUGCUAUCACUGACGCGGCCGAUUUGCUUGUUCAUCUCCGCGAGAUGAAAGAGCAUACACCAGCAGAACUCGCCGCUGCAGUAAACAAAUAUGAGAGGGAGCUAUGGCCAAGAGGGAAUAAGGAAGUUAUCGUUAACAAUGAGAAUACGAUGGCGAUUCAUGAUUGGACGGCAAUGAGGGAAGCGCCGAUAUUUACGAGUGGGAUGGCGAGAAGGACAUAG